AUGUCGGGCAAUGAUUUGGUUCGGAUCGAUACCAACAUCCUCCCGAAGGCGCAGCUUAUAGUUGUCUUCUGUAGUCUUUCUUUUGGUCUACUUGUAUCAUUCAUUGAUCAAAAUUCAAUUGGGAUAGCCUUACCCACUAUCGGAGCAGAUUUGCAUGCGGCAACAACUAUUUCAUGGGCGGGAACAUCGAGCUUGAUCGCAAAUACAGUCUUCCAAGUUUUGUAUGGACGUCUGUCCGACAUACUAGGCCGAAAGGUUGUGUUUCUCUCAUCCGUUGGAUUACUGGCUCUUGGCGAUUUAUUAUGCUCAUUUGCAAAAACGGGACCUCAACUGUAUGUCUUCAGAGGCAUAUCAGGUGUUGGAAAUGGAGGGAUUACAGCCCUCGCGAUGAUGAUUGUAUCGGACAUAGUAACACUUGAAAAUCGUGGAAAAUAUCAGGGUAUUCUGGGUAGCUGUGUCGGCCUUGGGAACACAAUUGGACCAUUUUUGGCUGCUGCGUUUAUCCAGACAGCAACAUGGCGUGCUCUCUUCUGGUGUAUCUGCCCUCUAGCGGUCCUUGCUGGAGUCUUGGUCGCAUUCACUCUUCCUCCGAGUAAGGUCCAUGGAGACAUGAAAACCAAGCUCAAGGUUAUCGACUAUUAUGGAGUGGUUCUGAGCUCUUCGGCUGUCAUGCUCCUUCUCAUUCCAAUUUCUGGUGGAGGUACCUACUUCGAAUGGGAUAGCCCGAUGGUCAUCUCCAUGCUCACACUGGGCGGAAUUUGCAUGGUCCUCUUUGUCAUCGUGGAGUGGAAAAUUGCAGUGAUGCCUAUGUUGCCAUUGCAUCUAUUCAAAAUCCCAGCGGUCUGCGCAAUACUAGUACAAAACCUACUCUUCGGCAUCGUUUAUUACUCACAUCUCUACUACCUGCCUAUUUACUACGAGAAUGCCAGGCAAUUCUCGCCACUGCUCUCGGCAGUAUUGACGAUUCCUUUCGUUGCCGGGCAGUCGGUCUUCUCCAUUCUCUCUGGUCAAUACGUUUCACGAACGAAGAGGUAUGGCGAGAUCAUCUGGAGUGGAUAUGUCUUAUGGACCCUUGGUUGUGGUCUGGUCCUACUGUUUGAUAGGAGCACGCCGAAGUGGAAAAUUGUUGUCUUCCUGACCAUUGAGGGCGCUGGGGUUGGCUUUGUGUUCCAGCCUACUCUUGUAGCUGCCCAGGCACAUUCCUUGAAGCGCGAUCGAGCUGUGGUCAUCAGUGCUCGGAAUUUUCUCAGGGCCUUGGGUGGCUCCCUAGGGCUAGCCUUGUCAUCAGCUGUCUUCUCAAAUGUCUUGAGCAAAUCACUGGACUCGUUGUCGGUACCGCUGCCUGCAGGCAUCCAAAGCUCCAUCCUCGCAUCAAUUCUACGAGUACCAGAUUUACCAACCUUAUCUACAGUUCAGCAGAGUGAGGUAUUGGAUGCAUACAUGAGCGCUUCGAAAGGUGUCUUCUAUAUGUGGGUACCACUCAUGGGGUCCUGUUUGGCGUUGAGCUUUUUAAUUAAGGACAAGGGUUUGACACGACCUGAGGAGAAGCCACCAUCUCCAGAUAUGAGCGGGAGCGAGACUGGAGAAGCCGUGGAAAGUGAUGUGGAAAUGCAGGCUCAAGUGGAACUAAAGAAGUGA